CCGAGUGCGUGCCGCGCCACCUCGCCGCCUACAUUGCCUUCCUGGCCGAGCACGCUGACACCCUCCCUCUCCUUGUAUUGGACUUGAGCCAAGUGGUGAUGGAACGACAAGUAGUAAUAGGUGGUGUACUUCCACCGGCGGAACCCCGAGCUGGGCCUGAUCGUCUGCAGCACCGCACUCUGCACGCCAUCACCUCCAUUUUCUACACACACUUGCGCAAGGCUCGCACAUCGGGAGCCCUGACCCCGGAGGCGGGCGAGGAGUGGGGCGCGGGCGGCGCGGCGGCCGGCGACCUGGUGACGCUGCAGUGGAGCUCCGCCGCCGCCGCCAUGCCCUCUGUUGUCGCGCACGCGCACUACAAGCUGCUGUGCUACGGCCCUUCCGCGUACGACACGAACCAAGAAAUGUAUUCCUGGCUAGAAUCAGUAUGGGUGGGAGAACCCCCGACGGCCUUCGCCGCGGACGGAACCACCACCAGCCUGCUGCCGGACUGGCUGCGGCUGCACCUGGUGCGCUCGGCCAGGCCGGCGCUGUUGGAGCUGGGCUUGAGAGCCCUGCCCGCGCAUAAGCUGGCGCUCUUCAUACAGACGUUUGGCAUGCCGCGGUCCGCCUGCAGUGCCCUGCUAGCAGCCCUGGACGCGUGCCCGGCGGCAGCAGUGCUGCGGCUGGGCGUGGAGCGCGGCUACAUGGCGCAGCUGCUGCUGGUGCAGCGCGCGCGCGGCUGCACCGGCGGCGAGGCCUUCGCGGCCGCGCUGCGCCUGCAGCCGCCCCCCUACCCGCCGGGUAUGUAGCUAGGUGUCCCCCAGCGCCCGCUAGCAGCCCUGGACGCGUGCCCGGCGGCAGCAGUGCUGCGGCUGGGCGUGGAGCGCGGCUACAUGGCGCAGCUGCUGCUGGUGCAGCGCGCGCGCGGCUGCACCGGCGGCGAGGCCUUCGCGGCCGCGCUGCGCCUGCAGCCGCCCCCCUACCCGCCGGGUAUGUAGCUAGGUGUCCCCCAGCG